CGCUGACAAAAGUACAAAGAAGGCCUUUAUUCGAAAUGGUCGAUAUAGCCAUAAAAAGGCAGAAGGGAAGGUGAGUUAUCGAUAUCUAUACUUUUUACCUCUUCGAAAAACUUCUCACCCAAAAUCUUCAAAAUGGACUCCCGACUCUACCGGUUCCUCUCCAUCUUCACAUUCAAAUCCAACCCCUCGCCGUCGCCAGCACCAUCAACAAAAUUAACAAAACGCUCACUUGCAAAGCGCAAAAAGGUUUGUUUUGGCCCCGUCGUUGAAAUGCCCGAAGGCUUCCUCUCAGAGCAACCGACCCUUCGAACCAUCAACCUAUCCCCCGCCGAGGCCUGCAAGCCGAUCAUCAAGCCACCUACCGCACUGGACUUGGAAAUGUUUCAUAAGAAUCUCUGGGCGAUGGUUUCCCAGGCGGACCAGAGGAUCAAUCUCAACUAUCAGUAUUAUUUGAGUCAUGGUGAGGAUGAAUUGCUGAGUGAGUUGAUGAUGGAGGAGGAACAGCUGAUGUACAGUGCAGCAAAACAGAGAGUGAGACAAGAUGGCUCAUCGGUGAACAUCGAGUUGAAUCUUCAUGUCAAGAAGGUUUCAAAGGCGAAGAAGAUCAGAGGGACGUUGAAGAGAUCGUCUAAGAGGAGUAGGCGUCGCUAAGUCUUGGAAGACCUUGUGCUUACCUGAAGACCGAGAACCAUCCUAGCGAUAAACGGAGAUUUGCGAUUAGAAACUCGUUAUGAGUCGACGACACUUGAAGGGUCGGUGAACCCAGAUCAUCAUCACCAAGACUGCUUUACUGGGUUCAUU